AUGGCAGCAGUCGAGGGAGAGAGCAUCGGCAUCGACCUGGGCACGACCUACUCGUGUGUGGGCGUGUGGCAAAACGACCGCGUGGAGAUCAUCGCCAACGACCAGGGCAACCGCACGACUCCGUCCUACGUGGCCUUCACCGAGACGGAGCGCCUGAUCGGCGAUGCCGCCAAGAACCAGGUGGCGAUGAACGCCACCAACACCGUCUUCGACGCCAAGCGACUGAUCGGCCGCAAGUUCACGGACCCGGCCGUGGCCUCCGACAAGAAGCACUGGCCCUUCAGUGUGGUUGCAGGUCCCGGUGGGAAGCCCACGAUCGAGGUAUCUUUCAAGGGCGAGAAGAAGCAGUUCGCGCCUGAGGAGAUCUCCUCCAUGGUGCUGGUCAAGAUGAAGGAGAUCGCCGAGGCCUACCUUGGCAAGGAGGUGAAGAACGCGGUGAUCACCGUGCCUGCGUACUUCAACGACUCCCAGCGCCAGGCGACCAAGGACGCCGGAUCCAUCUCGGGCCUCAACGUGAUGCGCAUCAUCAACGAGCCGACCGCAGCGGCCAUCGCGUACGGCCUGGACAAGAAGGGCCAGGAGCGCAACGUGCUCAUCUUCGACCUGGGCGGCGGCACCUUCGACGUGAGCGUGCUGACCAUCGAGGAGGGCAUCUUCGAGGUGAAGGCCACCGCUGGCGACACCCACCUGGGAGGGGAGGACUUCGACAACCGCAUGGUGGACUACUUCCUACAGGAGUUCAAGCGAAAGAACCGGAAGGACAUGAGCACCAACCAGCGCGCCCUCCGACGGCUCCGCACGGCGUGUGAGCGCGCCAAGCGAACCCUGUCGUCGUCCACCCAGGCGCACAUCGAGAUCGACUCCCUGUUUGAGGGCAUCGACUUCAACUCCACCAUCACGCGCGCCCGGUUUGAAGACAUGAACCAGGACUACUUCCAGAAGUGCUUGGCACCCGUGGAGAAGGUGGUGAAGGACGCCAAGAUGUCCAAGGGCCAGAUCCACGAGGUGGUGCUCGUGGGAGGUUCCACCCGUAUCCCCAAGGUGCAGCAGAUGCUUUCGGAGUUCUUCAACGGCAAGGAGCCGUGCAAGUCCAUCAACCCCGACGAGGCCGUCGCGUACGGCGCCACCGUCCAAGCCGCCAUACUCUCGGGCAAGGACAAGUCGGACAAGCUCGACUCGCUCCUGCUUCUCGAUGUGACACCGCUUGGGCUGGGACUGGAGACGGCCGGCGGCGUUAUGUCGGUGCUCAUCAAGCGCAACACCACGGUGCCGGUAAAGAAAUCGCAGGUGUUCUCGACCUACGCGGACAACCAGCCGGGUGUGCUGAUCCAGGUUUUCGAGGGUGAGCGCAGCAUGACCCGCGACUGCAACCUCCUGGGCAAGUUCAGCCUGGACGGGAUCCCGCCCAUGCCCAGGGGCCAGCCGCAGAUCGAGGUGACGUUCGACAUCGACGCGAACGGCAUCCUGAACGUGCACGCCGUAGAGAAGUCCACCGGCAAGGAGAACAAGAUCACGAUCACCAACGACAAGGGCCGCCUCAGCGCUGACGAAAUCGAGCGCAUGGUGGAGGAGGCCGAGCGCUACAAGGCCGAGGACGACGUCCAGAAGAGCCGCGUGGAGGGCAAAAACUCGCUCGAGAACUACGCCUACUCGAUGCGCAACACCAUCAACGACGAGAAGGUGCGUGUCUCGGCGGUUCGUGCGUGCACCAUAUUUCGAGAAGGCCGCCUCAGCGCCGACGAAAUCGAGCGCAUGGUGGAGGAGGCCGAGCGCUACAAGGCCGAGGACGACGUCCAGAAGAGCCGCGUGGAGGGCAAAAACUCGCUCGAGAACUACGCCUACUCGAUGCGCAACACCAUCAACGACGAGAAGGCCGGAAGACGCGUUGUUCCAGUCAAGGUUGCCUCUAAGCUGGACGCGGCCGACAAGACGACUAUCGAGACCAAAAUCUCGGAGACGAUCGCGUGGCUCGACGGUAACCAAUCCGCCGAGAAGGAGGAGUACGAGGAGAAGCAGAAGGAGCUGGAGGCCGUGUGCAACCCCAUCAUCCAGAAGAUGGCUGGCGGGGCCGGCGGCAUGCCCGGAGGCAUGCCCGGAGGCAUGCCCGGAGGCAUGCCGGACAUGGGCGGCGCCGGCUUCCCCGGGACUGGAGGAUCGGCAGCCCCCGACGCGGACGCGGACGCCGGCCCCAAGAUCGAGGAGAUCGACUGAAGGAAAAUAUUAGAAGUCCAAUUUGACAGCGUACUUCUUUGUGUUAUAUAUUGUACGUUCUUGUAUAGUCAUUGUUUUGCCGUUUUAUCUAUUUACGACGUAAAUGUAGAAAUGAUCUGAUGUGUCUCGUAUCGUCGUUGAAUGGGCGGCGAGGUGACAGGGCCAUAUCCCACAGAGUUCGCAGCAUAUUUUUUCAGAGUAGGGGAGGGGGGAGGGUAGCGCCCAGUCCUGACACAGGUAGAGUUUCCAUGUUUCCGUCACUCUGGAUUGGAAUGACUCUAGUGUUUACACACGUAUGUUCUUGUUCGCUCCCGACACCGGAUGAAUCUACUGUACAGUAGCGAGGAUCCUGCCUUGCCUACACGCUCACGGCGGUGGUGUGUUGUUUGUUUGGCUGGGCGGUAGUGAUUUCUUGGUGAUAAGCUUGCCGGAUAAGAUACCAUAGCGAGGAGAAAAGGGUGGUGUGAUUCUGUGAACCGAGGGGAAAGUCGCAUGUACAGCUGGGAAAAAUAGCUGUGCCACUGAAUGUGGUGGGAGACUGGCAAUGUGCUGAUCUGCUUUUGUUUUUUGUGCUGAUCCGCUUUUGUUUGUUGAUAUAUUUUGGUGGGAUCUUAAAGCUUUACGUGAGCUCUACGUGAGCUGAUGCCAUUUCAGGCAAGACGACCCGUUGAGAAGUGUGCAGGUACGGAUGGCUGUGGAAGUUAUUGAGCAGAAAACCGGAACAGUUAAGGUUGAAGAAGACCAUAAGAAAAAAAACUAAGCCACCGUCCUCCCGCCUUGAGGAUAUAUACGGUUCUCCGAAGAACCUUGCCCAACGAACCAUCCGAUAGCCGGGACAAACGUAUUGGCGUUGGCGCACAUCUAGUUCCACGAGACUUCCUUGCAAUUCAACACAAAGACGUAAAGAGAAAAAAAUGGUUGCGCCUAGCAGCGAAUGGUAAAACUUGUUGCCAAAAACUCAAUCCACGACUACUUUUCGCUCCAAUAUUUCAGAAAUAUAGCACCAGGUAUGCUACGUACGAUAUUCUGCACCUACUACCCGUCUCGACCGUAUCGUCACGGGCCGAGCCACUCGCUCUCCCUACAAAGAUGCACAUCUUAGUCCACACGGGGGUUCAUCUGUCUGCUCUCGUACAACUCAAGCCACCCUCGUCAAAACUGGCUCUU